AUGUCACGAUCAACUGCCGCCCGAAAAUAUGGAAAGCCAUCGAAGAAAUCAAAAGCGGAGCGGCUGUUCGCCGAGUUGCCCCAGAGCCCGGUGCGCAGGCAGCCGGAGUCCAACACACAGAAGGACCAAUUGGAGUCUUUAACAGAGAGGGUGUCCUCACUCAAAAUUGAAGAAGUGCCCUCUCUUAGAAGAUCACCCCGGAAAUCGAAUAAGGUGUCUCUCAUUAUCGAGGAUCAACCAAUCGAGGACCAACCAGUCGAAGAUCAACCGAUUGAGGCAACAUGUGAAGAGGAAGACCAAGCGACAUAUGAACCAGACACGGAUGUGACCCCACAAACUGAGGUCCCGGAACCUGCACCAGAGGUCCAACCGCAGGUCAACGAGAAUGAUGGAGAGCCAGUGUCAGAAGAUGAACAACUUGGAACUUCGCUACGAACUCUGACGUGGGAUGAUGUUUGCCCUCCAGGGGACAGGAUAGACAAGAUUGCGGAGGCAUCCUACGCAGAAGUGUACCGCGUCACAAACGACCGCGGAACAAGUAUCAUCAAAGUUAUUCGGCUACCAUCGCCUAUCAAGCCUCAGACCAAAGCCCAAGUCAAAUCUGGCCUCGUGGAUGAGGAGCCCCAUUCGGAAGAGGACGUUCAAGGCGAGCUGCGAAUUUCCGAGUGGUUGGCUGACAUCCCUGGAUUUGUCGUGUACAAAGAGCGAUACGUGGUUCAAGGGAAGACCACGGUGGAGCUGCUCGAAACACACCAAAAGUUCCAAAAGAAGAUGAAGCGACAGGACCCGGACAGGGCGCAGUUCUACCCUUCCCCAAGCCGGUAUGUCGACGGCACCCGGUUCUUGGUGGUGGAGUUGGGUGAUGCUGGAAAGGCAUUGGAGGAUUGGAAGUUGGACACUCAGGCCCAGCUCUGGGAUAUCUUCUUCUUAGAGGCAAUUGCACUGGCAAGGGCCGAGGAUCUUGCCAUGUUUGAGCACCGUGAUCUCCACGAGGGCAACCUGUGCAUCAAGCAAAGAAGGCCUCCACGUGAGAUGGGUCCUAGAUCCAAGGGGUUCUUUGGAUUUUCGGGGCUGGACAUCACCAUCUUGGACUACGGACUAUCCCGAGCUGAGGAUUUGUCCAUUGAUGACGUGGCGCCGGUGGCCUUCGACUUGGAAAAGGACCUCAGCCUCUUCACCAGCACGCACGCGCCACAAUGCAAAGUAUAUCGCCAGAUGAGAUCAUUCUUAUUACGGGCCGACCGGAAAUGCCUUCCUCCCUCGGCCCACGAUACGCCUUACGCCAAGGGCAUCGAUGGGCCUCUAUCCUGGGACGCCUUUGCUCCAUACACUAAUGUACUUUGGCUGGCGUACCUGUACGAGUACUUAACGGGUCAUUUCACCGGAGACAAGAAGGAGCUCGCGGCCUUCAAGAAGGAGACGAAGGAGAUGUGGACGUAUCUAAACCCGGACGCCAAGGAUAGUGUUCCGUGCUUUGGAUGCGCGGCGGACGUGGUCUGCUUUGCCGUGGAAUCCGGAUGGAUGACACAGGAGCAGCUUAUAGGAGUGGAAGACUCGGUGCUUGAGCGGGAAGACAGUAUCAUAGUUCCACGAGAGACUGCACGAGAGACCCCGCGAGAAACUCUACGAGAUGGUCUACGGGAGGCUCCACGAGAAGCCCCGCGAGAGGAUGUCCAGGAAUCCCAGGAGGGGACACCGCUGCGAAGAUCAUCCCGAAAACGACCGACGUAG